CGCAUCUCCUGCCUUGCCGAAAGCGUUCUGCGAGAGAGCUUUUUUCCACAAUGUCUGAAAUGGCAGAACUGUCGGAGCUGUAUGAGGAGUGCAGUGACCUGCAGAUGGAUGUGAUGCCUGGAGAGGGAGACCUUCCGCAGAUGGAGGUAGGCGUUGGGAAUCGGGAACCAUCCCUGAACCCCUCCCGCAGCGGGGCUGCGCCACAGCUGGAGGAGGAAGGCCCAAUGGAGGAGGAGGCGGCGGCCCACCCAAUGGCGGCGCCGAGAGCGAAACGCGGCCUAGCGAACGGGCCCAGCCCCGGGGAGCAGCCGGGCCCAGACUUGGAGAGCGAAGAUGAGGAAUUUGACGACUGGGAGGACGACUACGACUAUCCCGAAGAGGAGCCGCUGAGGGGUGCGGGCUACAGAGUCUCCGCCGCCCUCGAGGAAGCCAACAAGAUGUUCCUGAGAACAUCCCGAGCCCGGGAAGCUGCCCUGGAUGGCGGGUUUCAACUGCACUACGGGAAGACCCCCUUUGACCAGUUAGCUUUCAUCGAAGAGCUCUUUUCCCUGAUGGUUGUCAAUCGUCUGACCGAAGAACUCGGUUGUGAUGAAAUUAUUGAUAGAGAGUAAAUGCUGAUGGAAGAGGAGGAAGCUACUCGAGGAGAGAGCCAUCAUUCCGCUAUCUUUUGGGUUCAUUCCAAACAGUUCUGUGCCAGUGAAAAAGUCGAUCUUCAAACAAAAAAAAAGUUGUUUUUUGUUUUAUUAGAUUAGAAGACAAUAGAACAGUGACUGCACAGUAGUGAAAAGAGAAAAGAAUCAUGAAAAAGAAGAGAUCUUAGGACUGUUAAAAUCUGUUUUCAAGAAUGUCCUGGGAUGGCUGUGACUUUUGUCAUUGAUGGAGAUUCUUUUCCUUGCAUUGGGGAAGAUAUCUUUUGUAUAUGUUCCACUGUAAAAGAUGGUUUUGCGAGAGUAAAUCAUGACCAAGACAAACUGCCAGUUCAAGAGCCCACUGACGCUAUGUAAUGAGAAGAAGAACAUCCACAAGAUAUCUUUGAGUUAAUGUGGACUGAAAGUCUGUUGAGAAGACUUUCGAAAUUCUACUUUGUAAUCUACCCAAGUCAUAGUUAUCAAAGGCUAAGUUUGUGGUGUAAGAUAAGUUGAAUAGUCUUCAUUGUCCUAAAAGGAUGAGAAGAAAAUUAAAUACAGAUAGGUGUAUCACAUGUGCUAUUAUUUUAAAAUGUGUUUCCAAGAGCAACUGAAAUAUUGUUAGUAUAUUUAUCUUGAUCAUUUAUAAAGCUGUGAUCUAUAAUCAGGAAAAUCCAUUGUCCUGACUGCUUUUAAAGGUCAAAAAUUAAGACGUCUUUUUUAAAAGUUUCAAAUUUAGACAUUGAAGUGUAUGUAUGUGAAAAUACAAAGAAGACAAACUAUUUCUAAUACCCUUAUACUAGGGAAUUUUUGCUUUGCUUGCUGUUUUCGUUUAACUUACGUGGAAAGACUAGUUGAAUAUCACAUUGUCAGAACUGUUAGUGAAAAUUCUCAAGUAAAAGGAAAGCUGUAUAUCUAAAAGAUUUUAUUAUCCUAUCAAACUGUGAAGGUUUUAAACCUGCUCAGAAAUCCACCUCAGUAUCUGAAGUUUCCCUCUCUCUCCUCCUCUAAUUAAGCUUGCUAUUCCUAAUGCACCAGCACUGGAGAAAAUAAAAUUUCUUGUUCUGUGUAUUUUCUUUGACUAAUAGUAUUGCAUACAUACUUUGUGCAUGCUGCUUUUUUAUUGAUGUAAACAAUUUUAUUUACUGAUUUAAAUAACCCAUGUUUAUAAGGGAAAAUGAUCCAAUUUCAAACACCUGAUUUACAAAUUAAGUAUGUAGCCUAUAAGAAUUUGCCAACAUAGAAAAAGCUGCCCUAUCAAUGAGCAUGUUGCUGUGGUUAUUUUAGUAAGAUACUGAAGUUCCAUGAGAGUUACUGGAAGUCUAUGCCAAACAAAAUAAGGAUAUCAGCAGGUCUUGUCAUGAUCAAUUAAAAGGUUCCAGAUGCUCUUGUUCCUUGAUGGCAGUAAAGGACAGAGCCUGUAUAGUAAGACAACUCAGAGCUGUUUUUUUUUUUAUAGACAUCUUGUCUGUUAGAGGGUAUCGGGGGAGUCCUACAAAAUACAGGACUGUGACAAGGAUAAAAUCACUCAGACACCAGCUUCCUUGGGAAGGAGAGAUGAGGAAAGACUGGAUAGGAAAUAAAAUGUUGGUUCUUAAUCCUACUGUCUCUUACAUGAGAAAGCAAUAGGUGCAUGAGAAAGCACCUAUUGCUUUCUCAUGUAGCUUAUUGCUGCAGGCAGAUGAGUAUAUGAGUAGACAGUUAAUGUGUGCAGUGUAAGUUAACAGUACUUGUGAGGGAAGGGGGAUGCCAAACUGGCCACUUGGAUUUACCACCAAUUUAAGAUGGGCUCAGAAAAAAAAA